AGCACCGAGCUGCUCAGAAGUGGCUUUUGGAGUCUACCUAUACCAUAUACAAUUUCAAGUUUCAGCAGUUUUCUUCUCGGAAAACUUUCUCGCCUCGUUCGUUUGUGUGGUGGAGAGCUCUCCGUGGUCGUCGUCGUCGUCGUCGCCGCGGUUUAGUCGGAGAAAGAGCUCUCGAACUCGCUCUCGUGUAUUCUCAUUUCGGUGUGUUUUUCUUUAUUAUUGCUUGGAGUUCAAGUCCAAGAUCUGUAAGCGCGGAUCGGUGGUUCAACAGCAGCAGCAGCCAGUGACCAACUUGUGGAGCAUCCAGUCAGUGCGGAAUUCAUUGAACUUUCUCACUUCCCUCGAUUCACCGUGUGUGUGCAUACGUUCCUACCUAGCAACCUACCAGCCAGCAGAAGGAGCUGGAAGGCGUGAGUGGGGUGGCCAAUAGCGCGCAGUGUGUUCCCGUUGUUCGGGGAAUUGAAAUUGUAAUUGAUUUUAUCUGCCUCGUAAUAUCUCUACAAAGUCAUAGGUUGCACGCGGAGUUUUUUUUCUUCUUCAGGAUUUGGUAAAAUAUGCGUGCUGUACAUUGUGUGUGACCCUAAUUUUUUAUUUCGAAUGCAAACCUGCCGCAGCACAUUGUGCAGUGAUUGUAACUUUCUUUUUUUUUUAGUGAGAUAUCAAUAUCCGAGUGUGCCGUGAAUUGGUGAUGGGUGUUUCGAUCUAGAUCUUGUACAGAAGAUGUGACGUUUGUUUUCUAAAUUGUUUGAUUUCCGUAUUGUUUCGAUUCUCUCUUAUCAAAUUCAAGUGUAAAUAGAUUUUCAGUAAGUCACACUAUUUUGAUACACGACUCUCUUAGUUGAUGGUGUGUUUAUACGGGGUUCUGUUAUCAGCGUGUGUGGAGUGUGUUGGUGAAAGAUAAAAAUACAAGCUCGCAGUUAUCAGCUCGUUUCCACCGUUGUUCUGGAAGAAGAAGGCCUUCGAUCCAAGGAGAGGCCAACUCGGUUGUAGAGUGAGCUUGCCAAGUAAACGAUGAGGUGUUCGGUAUCGUUAUCUGGUUGAAAUUUUCGGAUCGAGUGCGAGUGCAUUAAUUUUUACCGUUUUCCAUCGGAGGAAAAGUAAAGCAAAGGAGAAUAAACCCACCCGAAAAAAAAUCAUCAUCCAAUCCGUAGUGUGUGCUUCUGUGUGUGGGGUACUGACAUAGGCCAUCAUCUGGAAGAAGACCAAACCAAAUAGAGAUUUCUUUGGAUUAAUUUGAAAUUUUUACCGAUUCCUCUCCGGAUCCUCUUUCUCGGAUUCGCCGAUUUCUUGUUUCCCGAUCGUCGAAGGCGCGUGUGCGACCCAUCCGAACCCAAAUGCCUUUGUUCAACAAGAAGAGUGCAAAAAUCUCCAACCCAUCCCCUCCCAUGACGAAAGACCCCCAUCAACUUAGCAGUCACCAGCACCAUUUCUACGAGAACAACAAUAGCUACAACAGCAACGGCAAGAAUCUGGCAGGCAGCACGAUGCCCACGGCGCCCCACAUCGACGAUCUGAACGGCAGCCACGAGAGCAACGUGACCAAGCCGCAGCUCGUGUUCAACUGCCAGCUGGCCCACGGCAGUCCGACCGGGUUCAUCACCGGAUUUGCCAGCGUCAAGGAGCUGUACCAGAAGAUCGCCGAAUGCUACGACUUCGCGAUGGAUGAGAUUCUAUUCUGCACGCUAAACUCGCACAAGGUCGACAUGAGCAACCUGCUGGGCGGUCAGAUCGGUUUGAACGAUUUCAUCUUCGCACACAAGAAAGGCCGACCGAAGGAGGUGGAAAUUGUGAAAUCAGAAGACGCCCUCGGACUCACCAUCACCGACAACGGUGCCGGAUAUGCAUUCAUCAAGCGAAUCAAAAGCGGCAGCGUCAUCGACCGGCUUCCUCACAUACAGGUGGGCGAUCACAUCGAGAAACUGGACGGCAUCAACGUGGUCGGUAAGCGACACUACGAAGUAGCCCGCAUGCUCAAGGACAUCCCCACCGGAGCGACCUUCACGAUUCGAUUGAUCGAACCGAUGAAGAGCGGCUUCCAGGGUAUCGCACCACGCAAGGGAGGUGCCAAGCAGUCGAAGCCAGGCUAUGGCAGUGGAAAGGAGACGCUUAGGUUUAAGGCCAACGGCAAUGCAGCCAUCGAGGACGAGCAUGACGACGUCACACAGCGUGGAAUAGAUGCCAUCAACACAUUGCUAGAUUCGUUCAUGGGAAUCAACGACACCGAACUAGCGACACAAAUCUGGGACCUAGGUAGCAAUAAAACUAACUCAAUGGACUUUGCCGAGGCAAUUGACGCGUCCGACCUGGAAGCAUUCGGAUUCACCGACGACUUUAUCAUCGAACUGUGGGGAGCAGUCACCGACGCCCGACAGGGUCGCCACAGAAGAUAAGUCUGUCGUUUUGUGGUCUACCUGCGUACGUGCGUAUCGAUCCAAAAAAAUAAUAGCAAGAGCCUACCGCCAAGCGUCUAAUGAUAAAAAUUACCACCAAUCAACAGAAUAAAACUUGGAUUCAGUUUUGAACAUGGAACACUUUUCAUUGCUUUCCGGAAGGAUGAUGCACUACUACUAAAACGAUAUGAAUGUAUGCUUAUUUAUGAUAAAAUCCUUCAUCUUCCCUGAUUUCAUCCUAAGAAA